AUUUAAAAGAAGGUGAUGUAUCAAACCCUAUUGACUUUUCACCCUCAAACGCGUCCGGAUGCCCGUAGAAAAAUGAUCACUAUCGAGACACAGUAUUUUAACUGGCAUCGAAUACUUUUGCUUGCAGUCGGUUUAUGGCCUUACGAGCGAUCAAAUUUUGUGAAAUUUCAAUGUUAUUUCUUUCUUGCUAUUCCGACUAGUUUUAUUAUAGUUAUGCUUACACCUUUUUUCACUACAGAACGUACAUUUGACUUCAUUAUUAAGAACAUCGCAAUAGUAUGCUUUUUUAUGAUUUGCAUAAUUACACAUAAUUCGUUCUGGGUUAAUGCCCAUACUGUGAGAUGUUUAUUGGAAAAACUGCAGCACAUGUGCAACGAGCUAAAAGAUCAGAAUGAAAUCGCUAUAAUAAAAAAGUAUGGGAAUACUGCGAAACGUUAUACAACUGUACUUAUAUUGCUUGUCAUGUGCAGUCUAUUUCUUCUUCCUUUCUUACCAUUGUCCACGAGGAUUCUUGGUACUUUUCUACAUCUAAAUGAGUCUCAACAAUAUCGCAAACUGUAUAUAGUGACUGAAUACUUUGUCGAUCAACAAAAGAAUUUUUAUUUUAUUUUGCUACAUAUGUACGCGGCCACUUAUAUAGAAAUGACUGCACUGAUAGGACCAGGAGCGCUGAUAAUAGGAUACUUGAAACAUAUCUGUGGAAUGUUUAAAAUUGCUAGUUACCGUAUCGAGCAAGCAAUGUCGAGCAAUAUAUUUGACAAGAUUUAUCUACGUGAUAAAGUGGAGAUUCAUAAGGAGAUAAUUAGUGCUGUGGAUAUUCACUGUAAAGCUAUGGAGUUUGCCAACUUUCUUAUAUUCAACUUUAAAGACCCUUUCGUCAUGUCACAAAUGUUUAACGUACUUUGUUUGAGCCUUAAUCUGUACUGCAUUUUCCAAGCUGUAUCGUUUAAAGAUAAUAUAGAGGAAUUUUUAAUACACUUUACGCUUGCAACUGGUAUCUUUUUGUACUCGUUCGUAGCCAACUAUGCCGGACAAGAAAUUAUUGAUCACUAUAAUUAUAUAUUUUCUGCUGCAUAUAACUUUCAGUGGUAUCUAACGCCCAUAAGCAUACAAAAGUUGAUACUGUUUCUGCUGCAAAGAAGGAGCAAACCUUUCAAUCUGAAAAUGUUGAUCUUUAUACCAUCCAUGGAAUGCUUUGCAUCGGUAAAGAUUAUAUUUUAUAUUAAUGUGCACGUAGCAGCAUGUGACAUACAUGGUCUGCUUAAAAAGUUCCGACACUGAUUUUUUCCUGAACGAAGUAGCACCAUAUUUACCUACGGUAUCUUUUAGUACUAAUACUCAACUAUUUAUAAGAUUUUACGUCGUUACCGGCAGUAUAUUUUGAGUGGCCGUGCAUUUUGUAAGAUUGUGUGCUCGUCAUAAUUGUUAUAAUGAAAUAAUGCGCAGCUCUCAAAUUUUGUUUCAAAAUUCAAAAAACGUUAACUGAGACCUAUAAUUUGAUGAAAUUGGCGUACGGUGAAAACUGUCUAUCAUGUGUACUAGAAUAACUUUCCGUGAAGGUAAGAAAUCGCUAGAAGAUCGUCGUUCCUCCUUUGACGGAGAUGGCUUGAUUCAUCACGAAUUUGUUUCUCCUGGUAUCGCAGUCACAGCUAAGUACCUGCAGGUGCCCGAUCGUUUUUUGGCAUGAAUCAGGCGCAUUCAUCCAAAGUGUUACGCCAAGCGGGAUACUUUUCUGCUGCAUAACAAAACACCGACACAUUCUGUGGCAAUCGUGGUCAAAUUUUUACGCCCGUAAGGAGCCAGUGCUUCAACAAUCCCUGUAUUCGUCAGAUUUGGCAGACUUUUUAUUCCCUAAAUUAAAGACAUAAAUGAAAAGAGAAGUUUGAUAACAUCCUUGUCGGGCGAACGUGAUCAGACAAUUGGAGACCAUCCCAAAGAGGACUACAAUGAAAGCUUUCAAUGAUUGAAAGGGAACUUUCGCAACGUUGCGUUGAUCAUCCGGGGGACUAUGUUGACCAGUAUAAUUAAUAAAAUUUAUAUAUCUUGAUUUCUCGACUUUUAAUGAAGUCAGUUUCGGAACUUUUUGGACAGGAAAUGCAUUCUUGGAACGAACAAUUUAGAAAUGUCAUCUCUCAUUGCAGCUAUCCAUCACGUCGAUAUCUUACUUCACUGUCAUGUGUUCGCUACAACAGUAGUGAUUCAAGAAUCUGUAAUUAAGUUAACGUUCCAUUCUUAAAGUGUAGAAAAAUUUAUCAGAAAACAAAUGAUAUGACCAAUAAUUGAAAUCACAAUUUUCACUUUAAUUGAUAUUGGAGAAUUUCACAGGCUGUUGUGAUACUCUUUAUUUCGGUCAGAUCAAGAUUACUCGUGUGCAAAAAAACUUGGCGUAUGUAUUCAAACAAUCGUUUAUAAUAAUAUUCUUAAACUUUUAAAAUUAUUAUUUCCUAGAAUUUUCACAUACUUAUAUACAUACAUACAUAUUUUCCGCGCGUGCGCGUCUGUGUGUGUAGGUAUUGUAUGUAGCACAAUUUUGCACAGAUCGUCUUUAUUACUACGUGUUGCAGAUUUUUUUGUGAAUAUCAAAUUAAAAAAUUCAUAGUUUUUGCGAAGAUGUUCUUUUCAGUUGUGACUUGUGGCUUUCAAUCUAUCGCUUAUUCUACAAUCAACUAAUCUCUUGAAGUUUCGAUCAUUAUGAAUUACUUUUUAUCCCAAGAAAUUGACUCUGGCCGAGUCAAGCUGUCACAAGAGUUGUCUAGAAAGCGAUCAAGCACUAUUUUAGAGGAAAUAAAAGAGUGUAGUGCCACCAAAAUUAUGUAUUCACCGGGCAUGUAACGUGCACGUGUAAAAGCGUGUGGAUCUCGCAAAUUGAACGGAAAUAUUUUAUUAAAUAUUAAGCAGUGAAAUAUUUAAGUUAAUAAAUAUUUAAUUUACUAUUUAAUCACCUUAUACAAUGCAGUAGGUUUUAUCAUAGUAUCGGAGAUAAUGCGCGACACACGAGAUUAAUACACUAGUUAUGUGUUACGUUGUCAUUUGAGAUAUGUUUUGCAACUGAUUAUACCACGCUUCACACGACAAUGAUUGUAAUACAGAUCGAUUAAUUCUUAUUGUACAA